AUGUCAGACCAUCGAUAUCGCAACAAACAUCGGUCACUGUGGCCACCCAGGCGAGUCAGUACCAGGCUGUCUACUUCACAAGGGGUCCAUUACGACAGGACACAUCACUAUGACAACACACCCAUCAGUACUUCCUCUUCAGCAAUGGAAAUCCCUCCUGACACUGUAAUUGUUCAUGUUCCAGGAAUGCCUCCAGCUUCCAGGACUUGUUCUACUGAGGGGCAUCCCAGUGGUGAGUAGACAAAUUUAUAUGGUCCAAAAGAGACGUUUCUACAGUACAGGCUAUGGGAAUUACAGCAUUAAAUGCUUGUUUAUUGCAUAUUUAACCACCAUAUUGCAUGAAAAUUACACAAGAAAUACAUGCGCGAAACAGGCAUGUGAAAAAAUAGACAAGAAAGUACAGGCAAUUUUUGGAAAUUGAGUGUAAAAUUUUACACGUAGACUGCUUGUAUUUGACAACUUUCAUCUUUGUUACAAAUCUGUAAAGGGAUGAACAAUGAUCUCUCAACCUCAAAUCAUACUUUGAAUAUCAGUCAUAUUUUUGGGAAAAAUAGAAUGAUCAUUUCUCCAGGGAUUUCAAUAACAAUAUUGUUGAAGUAGCCAGUAGCAGGGCUCGAACAUAACUUUUGAACUGAAUAGUCAAAUGGCUAGGUUUAAUUAAACGUAACUAGUCUGACUGUAUCAAAAAUUAAAAUGUCAAAAAUCCUUUUUAUCAAACAUUAAUAAAAACUGGACAAUCAAGGUCUGUGGGCCUUUGCCCAAGAUGGCGGACAUUUUUUUUUUGGCUAGCUUUGCAUCAUAAUGCAAUUUCCCAUGCUCCCUGGUCAUACAAAAUUUCAAGAUGGCACUCAUUUACGCGAAAAGUGAAAACCGCAUUUAUCGGCCUUAUGUCAAUCAACUUUUCUUUUUUUAUUUGCCAGUUGUUAAAAUGAAAAAGAGGUUACAUUAAUGCGGAUCAACUGGGAAAAUUUGAAAACAUUUCAAGAACAAAUUUUACAAAAUGGCUAUCUAUAUAAAAUGAGAAAAAAUCAUGUAUUUGAAAAAAGUUAAGCCCUGAAAUACAGUUUUCACAGUAAACCAAAAAUUUUCGAAUUUGAGAGCCCUUAAGAUACAUGUUCUAAAUGUAAAUUUAGGGGUCCUUUUUUUAUUUACAAAUGAAAAGUACAUUAAUGCACUUGAACAAAUUACAAAUUAAACUAUCUAUAUAAAAUGAGAAACGUGUGAAAAAUUAACUGAAAUACAGCAUUCACAAAACCAACUAUUUAAAGCUUAACAUGUAAAUGUAAAUCCAGGGGUCCUUUUGGAUUAGUUUAACACAUCAUAAUUACAUUGUCAUUAAGAUUUAAUGAUAUAUUUCUUCUGGCAUAAUAAAAGUAACCAACUUCCCUGAGCAAACAGCUGACGCUUUUUGUUGGUUGUUUAUGCUUAUUGGAAACCCUUUUUCUCUCACCGGGCUAGCUACAAAAUUAUUGUUGAUUCAGUUUCACUUCGUAGAUGAAUAUAAUUAUGUGCAGUUCAAUCAUUUAAGCCUCUCUUAAAAUUUCCUGGGGCUCUUUGUUGCACGAUUGAAACUAGCAUAAUUCACAGCACUAUUUUAAAUUAAUGAUUCUGAUGUUUUCAAAUGUUUUCAAGGGCACGUGAUGUACGGCACGUCGGUAUUUUAUUUUCAUUUUGAUAUAAACUUGAUCAGGUUUGAACUUGAUCAUCGUUUCCUUUACCUCCUUAUUCCCUUAAGGCUUGUGAUUUUUCUAUUGCUACUUGUUUGUUUGCUGGUGGGUACCAAGUGGCAGUGAACAAAUUUUUUUAUCAUCCUAAUGGUAAAAUCUAGUUACCCUAAGACAUCUUCAGAAUUUUUUAUUAACAAGAUUGUUAAACAAGCAAACAAACCUUGAUAGAGAUAGGUAGAUAACAGAGCUGGGUCAAAUUACUCAAAACAAUUAUAACUUUUUCUGUAAAUAGCAAUAGUAACCAACUUAUACAUGUAGUGACAUUGUAUAUAAAAAGCCUUUCAUUGUAUGUUUUCUGAACAUAGUGGUUCUAUUUCUUUAAUACUAGCAAGAUGUUUUUAACUUAUAUCCAUGCCAUGUUUUCAAGUCAGUACAGAUUACAAAUUCAUGAAUGUCGACAAACCUCUGCUAAUAGUAAAUGCUUUGUGUAUCAUGGAAGUGCAUUUAAUACAUAGCUACUGUAGGCAGUUUAUAGGCACUCCACUAAAAUAAUCAAAUUCAAAUGAAACAAAAUAAAUAUGUAAACUGACGCUAAGCCCCCAAGCCCAAAGUUAUAGACCCACUAACCUGAGAUAAGGCUCUACUUUCAUUUCGCUUUGUAAAUAACAUUUCAGUAGGCAAGGUCUGCCACCCACUUUUCUUCACAGUUGGCAAUUGAGGUUUCUUUUGCAUUGAGCCUUCGCUUGCGUGCCCCAUUCCCGGCUAAACUUUCAAGUGAAACCAGUUUUAAGAUGGACAGUUUUGUGAUUUGCACUCGUUUGUUGGCAAAUCAAAAGACACCUUGUUUGCGGUCAACAACCUGCAGAGGGAUUCAACUCUGCAAUACACUCACAUUCCUGUGAAGAUAUAAACAACCAUCUGAAUGUUCUGCAAAAUCCUUCUGUCGGCUGACGGUGGAUCAUUCGCGAAGAUUUUUGAGUGCUUCAGCCAUGUGAGGCUUCCGUUGACUCCAACCACCAAUCAGAUCCUGUGGCAUUGUUCUAACAGCCAAUCAGUGUUGUUGCCAAAAUCUGGCCGAAAGCACAACAAGCUCAUGAGAGUUUUUAUCAGGACCAACUUUUAGCGGGAGCACGUAAGAGAGAAUGUAUGAGAACUGCUAAAAUUGGGCCUGAUCUCAGGUUAUAGGCCAACCCACUUUGUCAACGAAAAAGUACAUUCAAGUAUCCCCCCCUCCCCCGGCUGUAAGUCCCCCUCGAAAAGCAUAAAAAAGAAUUUGAUUUAUUAUGACACAGUGUUUCAGCCAGAGUGCACCAUUGCAUGAAUCCCACAAAAGAUCGAGGGAUGGCCCCCAACAUAAGCGUUCAAGGUCCAUUAUGGCCCUUUCCUUUUUUAAUCCCCUGGGCUUAAAAAUGUCUCAGUUACUUCAACUACAAUAAUUUUCCAAUUAAACAGAAUUUUUAAUCUAAAGAACAACAACUCUGUACCUUUUUACACAACAUGAAAAUCAAUCAGUGAAUCUUUUCAAAUCGGCCAACAUGUUUACUUGAUUUACCUUGAGUAGUCUCAAGACCACUGAGCCUUGACUUGGUUUUUGUAACAUCGCAGGGGCUCAUUUCAAGGUCUAUCGAAACUUUUUUCUCAGUAAGUAACCAAAAAGUGAAUGGUGGCAAAGCAGUUCAGAAGAAGCGAAAGGAAGAGGAUCUUGAUCGUAUAUCGUGUAUAAAAAGGAAUGCUCCAUGUCAGCUUCAAAUAAACUGCCAUUUUCAUUUUCUUAACUUUCCAACUGUUUCUUCUCCUUCUCUAAUUAGAAAGAUACUGGUACAUGGUUGUACAUUGGCCCUAUUUAGAAAAAUCUGGUCCCCAAGAAUUGGUUGUAGCGGCCACUUUGGCCCUCAAGCAGAAUUUUCUGGCUGGAACACUGAUGAUACUUUAAAGCUUAAUUAAAAACCAGUAAAUGCAAAAUGUAUUUUGAUCAACACUGCUACAAUAGUUUGUGUCAAAGUGCUUUUUCUAUUCUAGUUUUAAGCCCCCUCAGAUAUAAGCCCCUACAUUUAGGAGCCUUCCUAAAACCUCUUUUGAAGAUGUAUACAAGUAUGUAAGCCUAGGGCGUAUUAUAAGCAGCAGUUUAUGGUACAUAAUUAGUAUAAUGUACAGUGUAACAGGACUGAAAACCCCAGUUUAAGUUGUAUGUAGCAACCAGUUUGCUAUUUACAUUCAUGAAUGACCAAGGAUUUGAACAUGGGAUCACCUAGAGCAAAUCCAGCAGGUGAUCCAAGCAACUAGUCUCUAGCCCGGGACUGGCUGAAUUCAAGUCCAUUUGUGCUGAUCCCUAAAGCCACUUUUACACCAAAUUGCUUACACUAGUAAUUCAACUCAUCAGCAAGCUUAAGGUGGGCUUGUUAGCAGGUGCCUCAAGGGUAGAAGGACCUGGGGCCCAUUUGUCAAAAGUCCUGGUAAGUUUUCAGGUGCAAAACUCAAAUAUUCAUUUCAAAAUUUGAAUGAAAGCUUAGGUCCUGGCUAAUGGACGAGCAGUCCAAUUUGUUUGUUAACUGAUAGUUUUAUUAUGUUAUCUGCAAAACUAUCAAAACCCAUAUCUGAGAUGUAAACAACAGUAACUUUUUGUUUUAAAUGAAGAUUAAUGAUUGUGGCAGUGGUAAUUGCAAUUUAAGCAAUUGCAGAUUAACCCCCAAAACAUUUCAGAACUUCAAUGGGAUUUGAACCCAUGGUCUCUGCGUUAGCGCUGCAGUGCUCUAACCAAUUGAGCUAUGAAAACCCACGCAUUGGGAGCCGGCCAAUUUGUUGAAUUCAUCUUAACCCCGUGGAUGAAAUGAAUUUUGGGCUGAAAACUUAUAAUGGUACUGACGUGGACUCUUGAAAAAUGCGUCCCAUGAGCGGAAAAGGCAUCAUUACCUUGGAGGUAACUAUGGUAACAAUGCAUGCACAAACCAUGCAACACCAUCACUCUGAACAAUUUCAGCAAUUGCCACAAUUCAUACUUAACUCCAGUAUCUGUAGGUCAGGGAGGAGUGGGAGCAGAAUCCAGCAGCAAACAUACAAUGAUAUGAAGCAAGGCAAAGCUACAUGUAAUAAGUUAUGUAAUUUCCUGAAGACCCAGGGGCCUCUCAGCACAAGGCUGUCUGCCUGGGUUGUGACUGCUGACCAGCUAGUAAUGUGAUGAAAGCCGAGGCUCACUCCCCAAAGUUAAGUAAGAAAAUCCCCGUAGACCAAAUGAAAUAAUCCCAAGAAAACCAGCUAGAUGAUGAAGAUACAUAAUUAUGUACAUGUAUCCUAACAAAGCACAGACAGAGUGAUGGCCGGAUGCUCUGUGGAGCCCUGAGUGGCUGAAAAAUGCAUAAACAUGAACGUCCAUCUUUAGAAAUCAGAAUAGUGGGAUCAAGGGAUGAAAACCCUAGAAGAAGGGGUGUAGAAGUGAAACCAGAAUCAUCUUAGCUGGCAAAAAAUGUGAAACAAAACCAAGCUAACAAUUUGAGGGAGAAAUCCUAACCAGGCAAUGACAGAGUCUCGUAAUACGUAAAUGUGAAAGCUACAGUAUAGUAAGCGUGUUCCUAGAAAUCAAAAUAAUGCAAUACCACUGAAGGAUGAUAACCAGGAGUUGAUGUGAAGGUGAAACUACUUUCGUCUCGUCUCACUAGUGAAACAAAAAUAACAACAACAAAUGCAGAAUGCCAGUAGUCCACUUACGUUCUUUUUUUUUUUUGGAGCACUAACACUGAUUAAUGCAAAAACACUGUUUUUUAGAUCACAUACUGGAGUUGGAGAUGGUCAGGACUGCCAUUUUUCUACAGAUUGUAAACUGUUAUCUGAGCCAUGAAAAGGUUCAGCUUUUUGCAGGAAAAAGCAGUUGACUUGUAUAACUGAACAUAGAAAAGUGGGAGGGUAAGCAAACAAACUUUAUCACAUUGAAAAGGGCUGAGCUACUAUCAGCUGUCAGUACGGUAUACAUUACAAUGUACUGUAAAGAUUCCAUGUACAAUACAAGAUGAGUAUUUUGUUCAUAUGUGUAAUGAAUUGCUGACUAACUGAUUGUUGGAGUGGCAGCAGAGAUAGAGCCAUGAACACGAGCAGCGUCAGUGGUCCUUUUUUACCUCUCUUAUGAAGACUUUGAAGUUGUGUAAGUGUGAAGUGUCUUAAAUGCCAGUUCCUCUCCAAAAAUCAACAGUUUUCUGGGUGCCAAAGCAGCCAUACACCUGUACGUAAUCAUUCUCUAGCUGUAUAUGUGCAGGACAGCUCUGUAUUGUAGAUAGUUGGGUCCAUAUUCCCUUUGGUGUCCAUAUUGUGAAGGUUCAACUGAACAACUGUGUAUAUUAGCUUAAACUGCCUUUCAUUAAUAUUUCUCUGAUCAGCUGCAAAUCUUAAGGAGAGGGUUUCCCAAUGUUUUACCCCAUUAAUGUUCAUGAUUUUAUUUUAAUUUAUAGCAUUCACUUUAUGGUAACAAAAAUCUUAACUAUUUAGGAAUUAUUGCUUGUUUCUGCCCUGAUAUCGGUUUAAAUAGAUCUGUUUCCAGUCAAAAUUGUGAUUGUUAAAAUGAUACAACAUAGAUAUGCCGUGUACAAUAUUGGUAAAAUCUUGGUAAUGAUGUAGAAGUCACUGGGAUUAUUCUUAUGGAAUGGUUCAGUAAAGAGACAAAGUGUAAGUAACACCUUGUACGUGUACUUGCACAUGAACCUUUGAAAGUACACAUAUGGGAAUCAAUUAUAAAUUAAAGUUAGGAAUGUGCUAUGACUAGAGGCAAUGAUAUUGAAUUGUUUUGUAAUAUUGUUAUAAGAUUCAUUCACCUGUCCCACCCAUCCUUGAAAACAAUCAGCCAGCUGCUAAUAGCUUUUAAGACACUUGGAAAUUUUAAGAGUUCAUGGCAUAUCUUUGCUUAAAGUUGGACAAUUAUCAACUUCAAGGUUACUAGAUGCAGGAUUUGUGAAAACACAUGACUGAAGUAGUUGUAUCUGUUGAACAAUGUUUUUAUACCUUUUCUUGCAUGACACAAUAACUGCACGUGCCACCAUUCAAUGUAUCCAAUACCAACUACUUUCAACUUAGUAUACAGAUGUUUGCUGCUGUGCCAAUUUUGUAACAUCAAACGGGAUAUCUGCCCACCAAUGUUUAUAAUGCCUCAAUACUAUUAAGUCCCAUUGCUGCAAUCACAUAUAGACCACAUACUGCACAUAAAUGCUGUCUACAACAUUGUGAAUUAAAAUAGUUUGAGAAUACAUUCACUGUCAAAGUACUCAUAAGGUACUUAGUGCUCUAUUGUAAGUUACUUCUCACUCUAACUUAUCUUUUUCAUGGAUGUAUCAGUUUUUUUUCCAUUGUCUUCAGUGAAGAUAUAUUGGCUACUUCAGGAAGCACUAUUAAUUGAUCUGCUUAUGAUAUAGACUCUGCAUGCCAACGUUACUCUCAUAUCCACUUUUUUGGGUUCUUUGUCUAUCCUCAUCUUCUUACACUGUAUUCAGUGUUGUGAUGUUUUACCAGUCUUCAACUGUUAUACAUGAAAAUUAAUGUACACCUUGAAGCAUAAUUCUUCAGGCCCAAGGCAGGUAAAUGGAAGUGUGGCUGACUUACAGUACUUUGAGAGAUGUUAGUACACAAGAUGUAAUUCUUACAGAGUUUUUGCCAUUAUUUGGUAUGUCUUGAAAAUAAGAAAAUUUGGUACAUAUUUUAAAAGCUACAAUGAAAUAUUCAUGUUGUAAAUUUGAUGUUCAUAGCACCUUACCAAGUACAUGUAUGGGUAGUUUGAAACAGUUUUAUAUUCUGACUAGCCUAGCUGGCUAAAAUAUGUGCUCAGACUGAUCAAAUUACAGCAUUGUUUUCAGGUGUUCUAGAUUGCAUGUAUGCCCUUGUCUCUUAAUCCAAUAUAUCUCACUAAUGUCCUUACCACUCUAAUCUACACACCAAUAUAACACUCUACCUAAUGGAUAGGAGUUCAAAUAGUUAACUUGAAUAUUCUAAAACCAUUAAGCAGGUCGAUAGAACUUAUUUAAUGUGAUUAUAUUGGGAUCAUCUUUUUUUAUUCUCUUUUUUUUUUUGUAAUUCCAACCCAAAUGCCUUAUUUUGUGAACUCGUAUUUUGCUUGCAAUUGUACAGUAAGGCUGUUGAUAAUAAUUUAAUAAUUUAAUUAUCUUUGCAACUAUUUGCAGCUAUUCUGUCCUAUUCUCACUAAUAAUGUCACUGACAAUUCUUUUUACAGGACUUAAACUACAGCUUAAUGUUUGUUUGGCACAUGAAGUAAUUAACAGUAUCUGUUAACAUUAUUAUUACUGGCACUCUAUAAAAUUCUUAACUGAAAAUGAAUUUAUUUUUUUUGAAAAAACAUCAGCAUUUUUGAAAUGCCAGUGCCAUUGCCUUUGGGCUGUUCUUGUUUUUAGGAAGUUAACAAGAACUAUUCAAAGGCUUGAACUUUUCUUACCAAUCAUAAAAAUAGGACACCCAAUAUAAAGGCCACUUGUGCUUACUUAUAAUUAAAUCAUAGGGGGGUAACAGUAAUUAAUGGUGGUCAUUAUUUUGCUCUAGCCAAAUGGUGAGACCAACAGUUUGGUUCUGUAAGCACAGACAUGGAAACCUAAGUGUGGGUGACUUGGUGAAGAAAAUCAGGUCCAUAGAAAAGAAUUGUUUAUCAAACAAAGCUGUGAUACUUAAGAUAUCCAAUGAAUUUUUUGGAGACCUAAAGCAUUGUCAAAGUUUUAUAUCUAAGCAUAAGGCUAUAUAAAUUUUAUUAAAUGGCAGGAAAUUGAAUAAAUAUAACUAUCUGCCAUUCCUCUCUAUCACUGUUUUUCACAACAAUUUGAAUUAUUACCGUAUUUAUUCGACUAUAAGCCGAUCUCGGCUAUAAGCCGAGACCCCAAACUUUGAACGUGUAGACUCGGCAUAACGAGAACCAAAAAUAAAUCGAAAACACCCGGCUAUAAGCCGAGACCCAUUCAUUAUUACAAGACUGAAUUGUUAACUACGGGAAAACCUAACAUUUUCGGAAAAAAAUCACAUUGAUUGUCAUAAAUGAGGCUUAGACGAUAACACACACGCGCGUAAACAAGAGAUGCAAUGGUGAUUUAUUAUGCAAACAGCUUCCCUCUUAGAAAGCACACGCGAAUUAAUAAAUACUAUCAGUAUUAACCGUAACUAACUAUUCAAUUGAAAAGCAAUGAAUCAUAACUCAGAUGAAUUAAUGUGAUCCAAAAAAUGAAUUUAAAACUAACUGUGUUGUUAAGCGGCAUCACCAGUACCUAGACAUCCGUAGCGUCUAUCAAACAAUCUCGUGUUCGCAAUCGUUUAUUUCAAGUCAAGUUGUCAUCAUGCCCAAAGCUCGUCGCACGUCAUACAACCUCGCGCUUAAACUUACAAUAGUCGCCGAAGCAGAAGCUGUUGAAAAUAACUCUGAAAUCGCCAGAGAAUAUGGCAUCAGUGAGUCCAUGGUCCGUCGCUGGAGGAAAGAUCAAGCGAACCUUUUUAACGGCGAGAUUAAAUUGUCAGCGAAACGGAAGCCGAUGGGAUGCUUCACGCCGAAGUAUCCGGAGCUCGAUCACAGAAUACUGGAAUGGUUUACAGAGCAGAGAACCCAAGGUACGUUUUUUGUCGAGCAUUGAUUUUGUAUCUUAAAACAACAGAAACAAGAUCACGAAAUAAAUCAAUCAGCUGAUUGCAGAGUGAGUACGAGUUGUUGAAUGUGUGACUCUCAAAACUAUCGUAGUAUCAUGUGACAACAUUGUGUAUGAAAGACUCUCAUUGGCCAGUUUUCACAAAUGUCAAAACAAAUUCAAGACGUGUCAAAUUUUUAACCUUUCGAUCGUUUCUUAACCUUCUCACUUCGUUUUCCAUAGGAAUAGCUGUUAGCGGAUUGAUGCUACGUCUAAAGGCAAAGGAAUUCAGCAAGGAUCCUGAGUUUAAAGCGUCCCUCGGCUGGUACCAGGAAUGGAAGCGCCGCCAUUCCGUCAGCCUUCGCACCAAAACAACACUCGCUCAGCGUCUCCCUGAAGAUUUGGAGCAGCAAACAGUCAAAUUCCAUCGAUUUGUAAUCACAUCCCGUCAGCGUCACGGUUAUUCCCUAUCAAGAAUCUUUAUGUUUUCUGUGAAAACACAUUAAAUUUAAUAAACGGCUCCUUUAGGAGCCACCACAUUCUUAAAAGUUAAUAACCAACGAUUGCAUAUUGUGUUUCUUUACUUUAGCUCGGCUUAUACGUAAAUACAUCUCGAUUUAGUGGAGUUUCCAUGCGCCGGGAAAAAUUCUUUUUCAAAAACUUUCGGCUAUAAGCCGAGACCCCCUCUAGAGCCCAAAUUUUAAUUCACUUCAGUUUUAAUUUGUGUAAAAAUCGCUCGGCUUAUAGUCGAAUAAAUACGGUAGUUGUUGCUGAAAGUUAAAUCUAAGCUAGCAAAAAAAACAUGUGGCUUAAGGGUGUAUUUUAAGAGAAAGAAAGUUGGAUGCAAAUUAUUAAUCUUGUCUCCAUGUACUUUGUUCUCUGCUCUUAUCAGACUCUCCCAGACUAAUGCAGGUAUCGCACACACCUCCCAUGUCCAUCAACCAAACUGGCCAUGGAGACAUGUCAAGUGAUGCGAGGCCCAGCAGUGAUGAAGAAGAAGGACACAGUAGAAUGAGAAGUUCUUCUUAUGCUGGAUCACAUUCAAUGAAUCAGGAGCCUGUGCGAUCAACACUAUCAGCUGGUAUGCAUAGCAGACCUGUACAAUCUGGACCCAUUUGUACAACACCAGGUACAUGUCAGAAUAGAAACCUAGUUACUGGAAUUGCUCCAGCCUGUAUGUUCCUCACUUUUUUACAGAAUGAGUUCCUCUGUACGAGUUUCCAACAAAUGCAGAACUGUGAUUACUUUCAGUGUUGAUUUAGCUAUACAAAGUUGAAGCAUCUGAUAGCAACGGGUGACUGGCAUUAUGUGACUCAUAGAAGUUCUUAAAAAACACUCACUUCAUCAAUGAAAAUCCUAAACCUAGUUUCUAAAAUGGCUCCUGUUUGUUUCUCACUUUUUUACACAGUGGGUUACUCUUUAUGAGUUUCCAACAAAUGUAUAACUGUGAUCACUUGAGUGUUGAUUUAGGUGUACAAUGUUGGAGCAUCAGAUAGCAAUGGGUGCACAAUCACUGUAAGGUGUAAAAUAUAGGUCAGAUCAAGAUUUUCAUUGCACGUGAUGGAUAAAAUCUCCCUUGCUCUUGUUUUAUUGCUGAAAAUAUUAUUAACAACUACGUUAAAUCAGUUUUUCAUGUGGGAAACAAGGAGAGAUUGUCAGAAACUAAUGUCAAAUACUGUAGAGUGAACAAAAAUUAUGGUAGGCAGUGGACUAAAAAGGUACAUUGUAUUAAUUGUAAAUUAAAUGUUGUUAUAGCUACAUUGUACAGAAAUUAAAAAUCCAGAGGCCAUGGUCUAUUGACAAGACUUGCAUCAGACUGGAAUUGGAUCAACCAAGUGCUCAGAACCUUUUAUCAUUAAGUGAGCUUGAGGGGUUGAUCUGCUCCCAGUUCUGUUGAUGCCUGAUUGGCAAGCUACUUAAUCAGUAAGAAGCUCUUGGCAAAGACUAUAAUUCUAAACCCUCAUUCCAAUUGCUAAGUUCUCAUCUCUAAAAAAAUGUAUAUUUAACUUGCUGUCAGAAGAUUUCAUUCUGAGGCUCACAACUGCAACCAUAAAAACUGUACGAGAUCUCUGUUGUAGAAAAUAUUAAGCAUACGUGUUAAUCUAUGUUAAUCUUUACAAGAAGCAUACUUCUUUGUCAAUAAUAAUUUAUUUUGUUUAUUUGAUUUAAAGUUUAAGUGCUGAGCUAUUGAUUUAGGAAUCCAAUUCAAGGUUUUGUACAAAUUACAAAAAGAUCUGGAUGUUCAUUACAGUAACAGAAAACAUUAGAACGUCUCUUCUUUGGUGUAGCAAAUUUGCUUUACCAUACUUAGUCAAACUGAUAAAACUAAAUUUUUUUUUCUGCGGUUUCACAGAGCAACGGUCUCUAUUGAAACUAACUUUUCUUAAGUUUACUGAUGAUUAUUGCCAGGUACUACUUGUAGUUAUAAAGCUACAUGUAUAUGUGCCUGCUUGUACUUCAGUUUGAAGUUACAAGUAUAUUACAGUUACUGUUUCCCAAUAAAGUAGUGGUCUCUUUUAUUAUUUGUAGGUUUGUGUCAGGCUGGUGGUGAACUACGACUUUCUCAUCUGAGUAGUAAACAGGUCCAAGCCUCAGAAGGCUUUUUACUGGUUGGGGCUAAAUCUCCAAUGCUGCCUGGAAUGGUGUUAGUUGCUGAAGUAGACAGAAGAUUUCUACCAGAUGAGAAGAACAAUGUUACAAUGCUAGGGUUCAGUGGAAACUGCAUUGGCUGUGGAGCAAAAGGCUUCAGAUACUUUACUGAAUUUUCAAGUCAUAUUAAUCUAAAGCUGGCCACACAACCAAAGAAACAAAAGCAUUUGAAGUACUAUAUAGUCAGAGAACCCACUGGAAGGAUUCGUAAAGGACCACUUAUCCCCUGGAAAGGUAGGUGGUUUCAUGAAUCCCUGAACUGAUUCCUGAACAGGCAUGUAAAAUUAUUUCCCUAUGUAAGCUGCUUCAAGUUAUGUUCCAUUGUUAUUGCAAAGUAAAAAAUUAGUGUCAAUACAUGUGAUGCUCGCCUUAUUUCCUUCACCUCUCUAACGUAGAGAACAAUAUUGUGAGUCUAAAUGGUCUCACAAUGUUAACUCUACCUGGAGAAAUUGGCCACCGUAUUGUGGAACUGAUUUUUGGCUAAUGUAGUGACUAUGGAUUUUGUUGGCGGCCUUUGCAACUCUUAACACCUUGAAUACUUUCGUUUACCCUUCGUUAAGCUUGCAGCAAUUUUUUUGUAAGAUUAUAAAUAAAGCAGUAAAAAAAAAAAACGCGAGUAAUAACUUACAUUUUUCCAAGGUAGCUUAUACUAGACUACAGUAAGACUGGUUCUUACAUGCAUGGUAAUUAGCACAAAUUUAGGCUAUUUAGGUUCUUAAAUAGGUUCUUAUUUUCUGAAGUAAAAAAAUCAUUGUAGCUAAGAGUAUUUUGUGGUAUUCAGCUUAAUCUCAAAUUAUAGCCUAAACAGGUUAUUUUAUAGAGGGGCCUAACUGGCAAAUCUUAGCCUAAAAGGUUCUUAAAAACAAAGUUCUUAUUCGCGGGUAUUUACUGUAACUACAUGUACAAAUAAAUACGAAAUCAACUGCCCAAUAGUCUGCUUCACUGAUCACUUACUUAGGCCGUACUUGAACAGAAUUUCGCAGGACCUGCAAGAACUUGUGUUAAUUUUCGCUCUUCAAUUUUUUUUUCAGUGGAAGGAAGAAAAAGAACAUUUCCAUUGGCAGGACCAUACAUUCCUCCUCCCUAUACAUCAGGUGAUGCUGAUGUAAAUAGCGAAAUGUCAAGGACUGUUGCUUCAUCAGGUAACAACAACGAAAACAGCGGGAAUAAUUUGCGGGAUAUUGCUCCUCUGUAUACUAGUUUUACCGUUUGUCCAUUGCCGGCAAUAGAUUGUGAACAGGAUAGUCAAGAUAACUUGACAAUUGCUGUUUCAAGCAAGAAGCUAUAAUAAAUAGUAAUGUAAGUAAUUCAGUAAAAUCGCCAUCGUACCGGCAUUUCUGCUGAUGUGUUCCUUAAAAAAAGAAAAUUUUGUCGGUUGUCGUUGUUUUUGCACUAAAACAAAAACCAAGGGAGACGGAGACUCAGAACGUUCUAUUUGCGUUUGAAGUUUUGAAGUAUUUUUUUAAACAUCACGUUUCCUAUCGCUGGAUUUACAUAUACUGUACUUACUUGGACUUUAUAUACACAUGAAUGAAUCAGGCUUGUCUUUCUAUUAUAUUCUCCACAGCUCCUCUUCAUCUGAUGUCAUUACAGUCGCAUAGUGCGUCCUUGCAGGGAGCAAGCAUUGCAGAAACUUCACGAGAGGAUGGUAUGGUGUUUUUACAUCCCACCAAUCAGAUGCACGCAGAACAAAGCUUCCACCAUGUUCUGUCCGCAAAGAGAAGGCGCUGGGAAUCUGCUGGAAGUGAAUCACCGUUGGGAAGUGGUAUGGCACCUUUAUACCCAACUAACGCAUCUUAAGUAGCAUAAGAACAAAGAGAAAAUCGAAAAUAGGGGAUUGUAGUUUAUAGUUUUCACCGGAAUUUCUUUUCGAGGCGUUUAUUCAAAGGGGCUUAUUUUAGGAGCAAAAUUUGCAUUUUAAAAUCAGUCGGGCUUUCAAUUAAAGGAACGUUUAUAUGUCAGUAAUCAGUUGUUCUAAUACGCAAAGGACAAUAUUGCUUCCGAAUUAACUAGAAGUGUUGUGACAUCUUAAUCCAAAUGAACAUGCCAACUUUAAACACAUCAUGUAAACGGGUUCGUACCCGUAAGUGUCCAUAAAGUCUGCUUUUAAAAGCUGGCGUGCGGGAGCGUCUCGUAUAGUUUGCACGUAUUUGAGGGCAAUUUUCAAAUAUAUAUUUUCCGUUGGCUGCGUGGCAGGCGUCGAAAAGUGUAGGGGAGAAAGGAAAGGGACCACCUUUUUUUUUUUCAUUUCUGUGGCCCCUGGUGGACGCAAAUUUCCGAUUGGCUGAGCCGUAGUAAGUAACUUGUCGAACCGCAUUUAAAAAGAAACAAGCGCGAUGCAUUUACAGGCAUGGAAGAAAACAGGUUUCUUCGGUGAAAUCUUCACCGCAGGCGCUCCCUCUCCCUCCUCUCCCUUUCACUCGCAUGUUCUUGCCCCCCCCCCCCCCCUUUUGAACCUUACCGGCACUUAGGCCGUAUUCUCACCCCGGUUUUGCGAGAUCUUUUUGGCAAUUCGAAUUAUAGAAGUGGCUUAUUUUCUGAAUGUUUCCUUGUAAAUUACUGCCUUUCAGAUGACGGUCACUCAAGUGACACAGCAAGGUCCUCUACAGCAGGUUCUGAUACAGCAGCUGACCUGCCAUCAGAACCCUGGCUUACCACAGCCUGCAGUGUUCGGCCUGUACUACUGCUGUGUCAACACUCCAUACCAAAAAUACCCUGUAGUGUAGAGGACAUAAUCAUCAGCGACUUACUUGUGGGUUGCUUUGACCCUCCCCUUGUGUCCGACCAUAACCAUUUUGGUAGCAUAUCAAGCGUUCACAGCAGUUUAUCAGCAGGGACGCCUGAGAGUCAUGAGCAAACAGCCAGGUCGUACUACAGCAGCAGUGUACCUUGCCUUACCACCCAAAUGGCUGUGCUGCUUACAGUUCAGUAUCUCACUCAGUUUGUUGAUGAUGAUCGUAUCAGUCGGGAGGACAUUGAGCAGUUACUGCAAGAUGCCAGGCUUGAGUUAACUGCGUCUGUGCAACAACAGGUACACCUUCUUGCCCAAAGCAAUGCGGUGACGCACGUGCAGCUGCCUGUGCUGGCAAGCCUUACAGCAGCAAAUUCUAAAGGACGGGUCAAAAUUGUGUCAUCGCCAGUAUCUCUGGACAACGCUAUCUUCAGAGCUUUGAGAUUUGUCCUGGAAAUUCACAGACACAACCAGAACAAGUUUCCAAAGAUACCAGUACCUGACUUUAUUUUCAUCUUAGCAACAUCGCAAAAGAAGUCUCCGGAGUUUUGUCUGCUUGUUACAAGCAUCCUCCAAGCCAAGUACCUUUCUGAGGCCAUGAUAGGGCAUCCUGUUGGAGCCCGUAUUGCCGACAAUCUCGGCAGACUUGAACAGCUUUUCAAACUGUCUAGUGAUGCUCUAGAACAAAUGAUCACUAAUUUUGAAGAGGCAAUGGGUCAAGGACAGUUAGUAUUUGUGCCAUUCAACGGGUUUGCAAGAACAAAGGUGAUGGCAGAUGAAGCUGCAGGACUAGAGCCUCGAGUUGCGGCAGCUACUACUUAUCAUCACAUUCAGAACCAAACUCUGUUUGCUAGUCAGCAUCUAAUGGCCAAACAACUACUAACCCAAGUUUGCAAUAUUGGUGAAAAUAAAAACUCUCUUGAUCUUAACUGCUUCACGGCAGUGUCAGCGACCAUCAUCGUGCCUCCUUUGACGUCACUUUAUAAUCAAACCACGCAAAGGCUUUGCAGCUCUGGCCUUCUGUCUGAACUCGACCUAGAGAGUGCCGAUAAGGCAGUCUUGUUCAAAACUGCUGCAAAGUAUGUCAUCAAACACAACACCAUGGAAGAAUCUCAAGAACAGUUGCUGAAGCUUCUUGAACAAGUGCACAGUAAACCAGAAACGCUGUUUGUCCUUGUUUUUGAUCAGGCGCAGUUUUUCGCGAGUCCUUACGGAAUUUUGGAUUUUCCAUACUACAAAGAGUUCUUGGAGGCUCACAAUGUGGUUGUGUUGUUAGUGACAGCGACGCCGUAUCUUUUCCAAACCAACUGCUCUUUUGUUGAUCCCAACAAUGAAGUCUACUGGUCUGACGUGCGAUCUGAAACAGGUUAGGAUAAUAAUGAUGAGGGCAUUAAUCUUCUCUUCACUCUAGUGUAAUCACCUGGGGUUAAUUUAAUAAAGCUUUUACAAGUGUGAUUUACAAGUGUAGCUAUUGUUUUCAGAAUCUAAAACAAUGGCUACACUUGUAAAUUGCAGGUGUAAAAGUUUUAUUAAAUUGACCCCUGGUCUCAAUUGUUCAAGCGACGGACAGCUCUAUCCAACGGAUAAAUCAAUAUCAAGUAUUUGGACAAACAUUUGCGUUUAUAUCCAUUUCUAUUGUUUUUGGGGGUCAUUUAUUCAUUGUUUUAUGAAACCAUUGACAGGCCUGGUUGCAUACGAUGCGUUCAUUCCCCAGUGUUGGUGGAACCAGAUAAUUUGUAUAAUUUCUGAGGUUGUAUACAAGUUUCGUGAAGAUUUUGAAAAGAGACUUUAGUGCGAAAAAAGAAUUCCGCAGUCCGGAAAUGUAUCAUUCUGUAAUCCUUUUUGAAAACCUAUGGAGAAAUACUUUGUACUCCCUCAGUGUCUUAAAGUUAUGGUGAGUGUGCGAACGCAGUUAACUAGUAAGCAGAGACUGGACAAAUUUUACAGUCAAUGAAACUAUUGAAAGUGGUAGAUUACACUGAUCAAAAUACGCCAUCGACGGUCUUGACUUGUAACAGCAAGUCGCAUUAUGGCUUUAAUGUCUUUUAACCACAACGGCCAGUAUUUCGACACCGCUUCAAGAAUUUGAGCCUUUUAGGGAGCACCAACAAUAGGUCUUUAAAAAGCGGUGCUUGGGGUCAAUAUUGUCUUGUUAGUAAAAAGGCAUGGUUGCCACAGGUCAGGAAAUGGUCAGGGAAAAAAAAUUCCUCAAGGUCAGGAAAUUUCAAUUUAAGUCACGGAAAAGUUAAAUCGUUGAAAGAAAUCAGGGAAAAGAGAACAUUUAUUCUUUCCACUCUAUUUUAUUGUUUUCUAACAUUAAAAUUCUUUUGUACAUUUUACAGACAUGAAUCGUGUUGUAUUGGUAGAAUAUUGUUGAUGAAAUUGAACUACAAGCCCAAGUUGGCUUUUCAAGAACAUAUUUUUUUUUCUUUUUUUUCUUUAUGUAAAUGAACUGUCAAUUCAUGCACUGUAUUGUACACUGCUCGUGACUUGCUGAAAGCAUAAAUAAGUAGGUGCAGGGAUGGCUGUGAGGGGAGGGUUGAGUCCAUCAUCAAGUCUGAUGUGUGAAAUUUUUAAUUCACUUGGUCAGGGAAAUUUUACAUUUGUCAGAAGAAAGUCAGAGGAAAGUCAGGGAAUUUCAGAAACCUCUGGCUGUGGCAACCAUGAAAUAGGAAUUUGUUGCGCUCAGUUUUAGUCACACUAUCGGGAUGUAGAUUGGGAAAAAGAAACGUGUUAAUAAUAAUCUUUGCUUAUAGCAGAUGGAGUUCCCUCCAGUGUAUUGGAAAACUCUCAUGAUAGCAUGGAGACCAAUGAAGGAACAUAUUUUGGAAUGAAGGAAUAUUGUGAGUCAAUUAAAUGGACUCACCAGUUUCCACUGGUCAGACAAGAUGAUGCAUUUGAAAAGAUGGCCUUAAGGACUAGCAGGUACUAACUAAAGCAAAAUAAUCGCAAAAAAUAAUUUCAAAACUGCGAGCGAGUCUAUCGUAGCGAUGGCACAUGAUGACAACUAUGGGAAAGAUUUCUUCUAGUUUAGGCAUUUCAAAUCGUCAAGAACUCUUGUUUUCUCGGUUUCUCUAUUUUUCUUCUUUGUCAACAGCUCCUGCUAAACUAUUUUGGAGGCUUUCACUUGCUAAAUCCGAAAUAGCCUUGCAAACAUUUUUAAAUUACGCGCCAUGUUGAACAAGACGAACAAAACAAGUUUCUCGUGUCGUCAUUUAUGUGUCUGUACCCUGACAGAUCGUGGAUAAUGACCAAUCGCGUAAUAUUCACUACAUUGUAUAAAUAACUGUAGUUUAAAACACAUACUGUUACUGUUUUUCCACACCAAAGUUUCAAUAAACCUUACCCGCUAAGAUUAGCAUUAGCCACCUGCGAGCCAGUGCACUUGUGGAAGAAAAGUAGAUUCAAGGAAGAAUAUAGGUUAUUUUUUGUAGAACAAACAUCCUUUAAAGUUUCCGUCGUUGUACAUUUGGGGAGGGUUGCAGUUCAGAAGUUCAUGACCAGAUAUGACCUUUUUAAGUUCGCUUUAUCAGACCCCAACAACAUAUUUGGGCCAAUCAAAAGCUAAAAGUGCUUGUAGCAAAAAGUCCUCCCCCCCCGUCGAUUUUCUGCAAGAAUCCAAUUAACCUGCGAUGAUUUGUUGAUUUUGUUGAUUGUAAAGGACCACAGAUGAUGUGAAUCUGAGUGUACUGCGUUGCUAUCUUCUCAUUCGUCAUUACUGUGCUGCUAUCAUGUGGUCAGCGGGUAUCAAGCCAGCCGAGCCACACUGCACGCUGAAGACGAUCCAGAUCAUGAGAGAGAUUAUCGAGUCUCCUGUGCACAAUGCAGAUGGCAGCGGUGCUAUGCUUGUUAUUAGGAUUCCAUCUGUUGAGCUUGCUAAUUUGGCAUUUGAGAGCCUAAAAAACACUCGAGACAGGUAAGUUCAUUGCAUUUGGAGGACUAAACGCUAGCUCUUGUUAUUAUGGAGAAUAAGAAGCUUUGAUUGGUUAUUGGUUGCCUUGGGAACCCACGGACUGAUCCGUAAAGCUGUUAGCUCUUAAUCGAUCCCAGGAGCUGGUUGGUCAUUUCUCUAAAUUGUCUGAAGUAGAGCGGAUAGUUAAACCAAACCGUGAACUUUCGAAAGGAAAUGUAAUGAAAUAAUUAAAAGUAAAGUUUUCAAUGUCGGGGGCCUGUUAGAUACUUUUUGCGGUAACCAAUGCAAAGAAUAUCGUUCGUUAUCCCUAGUUGUUGUUCGAGGGGUUUGUUAUAUCAUGGUUUCACUAUAUUCAUCAUCAUGAAACAUAUUGGCCUAAUGACGUUUUUUUAAUAAUGUAAUUUCUACAGUAGAACGCCUUAUAACGCGAACAAUUCGUUAGAAUAAAAGAAUGAAGCGGAGAUACUUUCUAAAAAUUUGUUUUUAUCAACUCACAAACGGUGGGCUGGCUUGUCAUAACAUAAGUGAAGGGACCUAUAAGCUCCGGGCAGCGGCUCGAACCUUCUGCUUUUGAACCUAUCAGAAAAUGGUGGCCAAUUUACCUUAAUUAUCAACUCAGCUGGUAAAACCAAUGUGUUUUGCUAGCUUACAUUCAGGUUCGUUUCUGUCAAUUCUUUAUAAAAAUAACAUCCAGUUACUGGAAUGAUUUCUGUAUCCUUGCUGCUUGAAGAGCUGGAUUGCCUUUGAUUUCUCAAACCUUUUCCAUUUUAGGCUUGGAUUUCAGUUUCGAUUCGCCAUCAUCCACGACAAUGGUGUUAAUGAACUGGAAAUUGAGGAUUAUUUCUUGAAUCGUCUAAGACUGUGGAGGGAACAAAGAGGUAGGUGACUAGAUAUUUCAUUUUAGGCCUUUGUAGCCCCCCCCCCGGGGGGGGGGGGUGGGGGGGUAGUUAGUAACUAGCUGGUAUUAUCGCACCGUCAUGUCAACAAAUUAAGACUCUAAACACGAAAGCAAUUGCUACACUACUCAAUCCAAAACGGGGUGCGUUUGUAUGAAAGGCACAGCUCUUGCUUAAGCUGAAUACUGGAUGUUUUGUUUCCCGAUACAGUUGCUCUUACUCGUUAUGUUGUGCCCACUAAACACUGGCGACGUAUUUGCGUCAGUUCAGGAUUGUUUCCCUUGAUGGCCUACUUCACUCUUGACUGGGGUGUUUUCUGGGAACAUUUGAUAGUCCCUGCGUGAAUGGUGGUGUUAGACAAAUAGAUUGUUUGUGUGAUGCAGUAUUAAGACCCUAGGCAUCUAUUUUGCAAGCAAACAAACCUGCCAUGUUAACAAAACACAGUAUAGUUUCCUAAGAGUGAGCAAGGCGACCAAGAGGUUUUUAUGGCCUUGUAUUUUAAUAUUAUUGUCUCAUUUUCUUGUAACAUUUUAACUGACAGCAAAACAUAGGGUUUGUCAUCCGUGGCGGAUAACAAGUAACAUGGUUUCGUUUUGUUUUACAUCUAUGCUUUACUAUUUCAGGACAGACGAAAGCCAAAAGUAAGCCAGCUGAAAAAUGGAACCCUCGAUUCUUUGAAGAUCUCCACGAUCUCCCUUGCAUCAUCAUCGUUAGUGGCCGAGAGAGGCCAGGAGAUACGUUUCCAAGGUAACGUAAUGCAGUCAGUUGACGUGUACAGUCCAACUUUGUUUGGAAUACAAGGCCGGCGCUUUCGAAAAGUCAGAACUGACCGGCUAGACCAGUCAUGGUAAAAAAUGAAAUUUUAAUCUUUUCUUCCAAUUUUUACUUCAACCCAUCACAUCCGUGCAUCUCAUUUAGGAAUUAACUGAUCUGGCUGGAUAGUUCUGAUUAAUAGUGGAAUUCUCCUGACCACUGGACUGGACCGGGCCAGCCAGUUUUCACAAUUUUAAGUGCCCUUAGUCACUACUGAGAAGAGGUGCCCAGCCUUAUGAAGAGUGUUUUGACAGGUUAGGAAGCACCGAAAUGCCUUUUUGCUGAAGAAACGUAGAACAAGUAGGAAGUACAGGGUUAAGAAAGUUCGACUCAGACGGUCCGAGGACGCACUGAGAGGGACGACGGAGACAUUGUGAGUGAGCGAUCUCGGAUGGCAUUUGAAAAUAAGGCCAUGAGAAAGUGACCCUCUGUGUGUGUAUCUCUCCAGGUCGUUGAAGUACAUGGACUUGAGGUUGAUAGACAGAGGGUUUGUCUACCGAUCUUCAUUGGAACUGGAAUUCAGUGCGAUAGCCUGUUACAUUGGUUCUGGCUCGGGCUCGCGAGGUGUCGAGAGCAAUGAGCCUAAUGGCCAAGCAGACUCAAAAGAUGAUUCCAAUGGAGCAGGCAGUGGUACAGUGUGCAGAACAAGCCAUUAUUCUUCCGCCUAUCCAUUACCAGUGAUUCUGGUAUCUCGCUCUGUGUUCAAGGCAUUCCAAACAGAUUUCUACGGUUAUCCAAAGCAUCUGCUCUUGCCUACGACUCCACAGACGCGAUGGGUUGGUCUGGGACGGCCACCCGUUGUGACGUCAAACCCAAGACACCAGUCGCUUUACUACCGGGAAUGGACCGAACCCAAACCCAAACAGGUCCCUGGUCCUCAACAGGAUGCCUCCAGCAAGUCAGUCAUAACCCUGCGCAGUGCAAGUGGAGUGGUUAUCAGUCCCGAUAUAUCGGGUAGGUCUUAACUCUGUUAUAAUAAUAGACGAGUCUCACGGAAAUAAAGAAAAGGGAGGGGAAGGGGAAAGAAGCAGGGUGGGGGGGUCGAGAGGGAGGAAGGAUGUCUGGAGGCGGUUAAGGGCUAGGGGAGGCAAAGUGAUGGAGAGGUUCCGGUUUAAGUUUAAUGUUCUCUUCAUUUUACGCCCUGCAACUCGAAGUUAGAAUCGUUAUGAAAUUCUUCUUUCCACCACGCGCUGACUUGUAAAAUCCUACACGAGAUUACCUUUAAGAAUACCGGGUGAAUUUAUUACGAAUAUGUUUGUAUUUAUAUAAUUAUUUAUUUGUUUUGGCGUUCACCUAGCAUCGUGUUAAAAAAAAAAAAAAAGACGCAGAAUUUGGGGAUCAAAUAGGGUGGGCGGAAUAAAGAAAACUCUUCCUACAGGCCCUUCAGUAGUCAACAGUACCAGAACUACUUGAACACCUGUAUACAGAGAUGAUUGUAAAUAAUAACCACUGAACGUUUUUUAUUCAACUAAUUUAUCUUUGAUUUGUUGUUCUCAUGUACUCAGUAGUGAAGAAUCUCCAUCAUUCGAUAUAUAAACUUAACACAACUCACAAUCUCUUGGUUUCUUCCCACUAAAGGCUAAGGGCCAAAAUAUCAGUAAAUCUCUCUACGUUAGCAAAAUCCUUUCCUAUACAGUUCAAUUUUAGUGCCCAUUUAAACAACAAAAAGAGACUCUCAGGUACUGAUGCCGAAACUUCUACACUUCUGGGCAUGUUGUUUGAAGACCGAUUAUCGCGAACUCGGGUUGAAUUUUAAUCCGGGUUAUCUUUUUCUUUCGUUCAAAACAUUUUCCCGGUCAAUUUGAAGUAGUCAUUUUAGAGCGGCCAAGCAUCAAAUUGUAGGCAAAAAGAAUUAAAGGGAAUUUUCUUUGUAGGCGUUUAUAUUUGAAUUCUAUUUUCGCGCUAAUCGUGGGUUAUCUUAUCCUACCGGCUUUGUACACUGGGCCGGCCCUGGUGGAUUGACUAUAAAGACAGGCUCACCUCUUUCAUAUGACUACAGAUUUACUGCAUUGUAAAUGUCACUUCCUUCAUUUAAACAGUGAAACUUGCCGCUCUUUCAUGAACUGUGAAACGGUAAAAGCAUUUUGGUUUAUAUAGAGAACAAACUAACAGUGAUUCCCGAAAUAACGAACUCCUAUACUCCUGAGUAACGAAUGACACUCGUUACCUCAGUAAUAGUCCAAUUAUCAGUAUGGUAUUGGACUCCCAUAACUAUAACGUACCCGUCUCAGUUAAAACCAAUUCGUUAUACUGGGGCCAGUUUCACUGUAGUUGACUGAAAUGUAUUUUCAUGCUUAACAUUAACGUAGGCAUUUUUUGAUUGCCCUUGGCAGUUAAAAAUUACAGGGAUAUUUACAUCGGGUUGGUUUAAAACAAAUCUCCUCAUUGCUCGGCAGAAGGCGUUAGAAAUCAAAUUGUCAACUACCGAAAACAAGGCUGGUGAUUAAUUCUAUAAAGGGGCUCUUUUCAAAAUAAACUGUAGUGAUUUGUCGGUGGGGAAGUAAACAUAACUUUGACUCAAUCUGACAAAGGGCUAGUGCUCAAAACUUCAGAUGUACUUUAUCAACUCAGUUGAUAAUACUAAGUUAUUCUGCGACGAAUAAUUAGGCUCAGUUGUGCUGCAAAAGCGCCUAGAAAAGGGAAUUCAUUAUUGGCUGUGGAUAAACCAUCAACUCAUGAAACACAAAGCUGGCCAAAAGUACUUGGCACUUGUUUUUAUUGGGGAAUCGUUGUAGGUUAGGUUGAGCAUGUGAAUAAUUGUAUGAAAAUCUUCAGAUGUUGUUGAAGAAGAUGGGAUGUCUGCAGUGGAAUCUUUUGCUGAAAGCAACAGAGUGGCUUCAGGUGAAGUGAUAUAAAUAAACCGCUGCAAGAAAUCCUCCAUCUUUCUGUUUAUGCACACUAAACGACCGUAAACGAAAUUCCUAAGAAUGUCUCCUAAAAGAUACCCUCGAUAACGUAAAUGCAUAAUAGUAAACUGCAUGCACUACUAAUUUUGCUCCGAAAUAAUUAUAUUAAUAGACAAUUCAUUCACUUAAAUUUAAUCAUCAGUCUGUAUGUGGUGUUAAGCAAUGUGAUUCUUUUUUAAAUAUUUUUUUAUUAAUGAUUUUCUGAACUUUACAUACAAAAUAAAAGUAGAAAAAAAGGGGAAAAAAAACAAAAAUAUUUAGUGAUAAAAGUCUGUGAUCAAGUAAAGCCCACACAGUCACGCUCACAUUGUAACCACACAGAAAGCAAUUACGGCAAUACAGUAUCCUAGUGAGCAAUGUACAAUAUCUUCAAGUUUAAUUACAAUAAUAAGGAAACUUACAAUAUCAAUAAAUUAUCGGAAACGGCAUUGAUUAAGUUUCCCUGUUUUUUAGGUGAGUUUUUAAUUUUAGGAUUCUACUUAAUGUAUUACGUAUAUUAAAGACUGCUGCAUCGACUUUCUUUGGAAGACUUGUUAAGAUAACUUGGAACAAAUAUCUGUGAAUCAAAGCCAGAAGUUACAAACGAUUCGUUGACCAACUCUAGGAAAACUAAAAGACAGCAACAGACAACUGUACAACUCGACGUGUAUUGUGGUGGUUGAGGAAGGAUCGAAACCAGUUACCACUUGUGUUUAGAGUCUUCAUUGCCGAUAACAUUAGGCUUAACUGACAGACGACCAAUAGCAUUGCGAAUUAAAUGAUCAACUAGGUCAAUAACCGGAGUUUAAUACCGCAUUAACUGACGAUACAUGCACAACUCACUGUGACUCUGGCGCAGUGACGACUGCCGCAGAGGUUAUCGAAACGUCAGACACUCUUCACAACACUUUUACGGAAGAACAUACUCAAACUCUUUUUGCUAACAUGACUUCCAAGUUCAAGCCAUUUAUAAUGUUAAAAUAAUUCGGUAAAUUGUUUAUAUUCGAGAGAACGGCCAAUAGCAUAAAUCCAAUUUGUUUGUUUGUUUUUUAAAUCCUACGCUGUCUUAAUAGUUAUUGAUAUAAACACGCUUCUCUAAACUCACUGGUGCGCAUGCACGAUAUAAUAAAGUCUGUUAUUAAUUCAAGAUUCCACCUGUUUGUGUAACAUGGCGAAAGGUCAUUGCACAAAGAGUACUACAACCGCACACGGAAUUGAGACUGGUCAGAAGUCAUAUUUGAUUCUUUUUUCAUGCAGGCACUAGUGAGGGAGAGGACAGCAGCAGCGAAGAUUCAAAGACGAGUACAGAAAAAGGAGGAGAGAAGAAAACGGCAAGAGAUUCGGACAAACUAGAAAGACAUGGCCAUCACCAGCCUAUCAUUGGUAAGAUAUAAUAAUUCAAAUGAUACAGGCUAUAGAGACAAAUGAUGUUUGGGCUUUUAAAUGCUGUGCCAGUUGAAGAACAUAAUUUGGGAGGCCGGAGCGAACCUCAAUGUGAGCACAGUUACUCAUGGGUAACAGUGGCACAAGUGUUCCUAUUACAGCUGGCAAGUUGGCCGCCUGUUGCAGUUGCUGCUACAAGUCCACAUUCGAUGGGUACGAACUAGUAUUGGGACCUCAUUUUGAGCCGUAUUUUGUGCCGCUCCUAUCAGGGGAAGCAUUGUAAGAGUACCAAGAAUGUACUCUCUUUUUUAUCUCCUUUUUUUCUCAAAAUAGUUCAAUAAAAGCGAUUAAGAGAAAUUCGUCAGUAAAGCUUUUUCAUUACUCGUUAUUACUUAUUUUGUACGUAGGUCCCGCUCUUCUGCAUCGUCUGUAUGGAGUGGCAGCCAGCUCCCGGCAAGGAGAUCAGAAUGAUGACAAAAGAAAGGUUGAAGCGGAGAAUUCUAGGACUGAGAAGUAUCACCCCAGAACACUGCUGUUUAGUGGACCCCCACAGGUACGCUGGCGGGUAGCAAGUCAGUCAUUUGAUAGUUCACAAACUGCGGUCAAACCUGUAUUAAGCGCUCGAUCGAUCACCCAUGGGGAAUGAGUUACUGACUGAAGCUUAAUAAAGGUUUCACAUACCUGUUAUAAGAGUUAUUGACGAAAAUGAUGACAGUGAAGGAGGAAACGACAAAAUGACGUCAAAGUCUUUCUUGUGGCAAAAGGAGGAAAUAAAUUACCACUAAAGGCCACACACACUAACAGUUGCACUGGUAUGAUUGAUCUCGGCAAAGUGCCCUUUUAAUAAUCAUGAGGGCAAUGAAAAGAAUCUCGUUGGGAGCUCGGAAAAGGUGCCGCCAUCGCUAUCAGUUUUACAGUAAUUAAGAGAAAUGAUUUCCUGGACCUUAGCAUAUAAGUGACCACUUGUUAAAGGGUUACCGUUAAAUAGAGGUUCGCUUAAAGGAACUGCAGUGUCACAGCUGUCUAGUUCAUUUUGUUAUUAUUGCUAAUUACACGUCCUUAUUUACAAUGGAACUUGACGAUAGCAAAGAACUUACUUGCAAAUGAUAAAAUCACUGCUUCAUGUCAAAAAAAUUGUCUCCUUAGCAUUAUAUCAAAAGUGACUGACAAAAGGAAUGAUCUUUGAAAAACGGUUAGGCUAACAAGGUUUUAAGAAACACAAUUGCAAUCCGUUUCAGUCCUCUUCACGUUUGACCAUUCGUGCCUCCUAUUGUAUGUGCUGUGUUAUUUAUAUCUUCUUUUAAAGUUUUGGGCUGUUAUUUUUAUGUUUCAUGCAAUUUGGUGGCGGUUUCCACUGUUUCGUUACACAGCUCCUGUAAGACAGGUUUGACUGUUCAGCAAAUAAAUGCUUUCUCGUUCUGAUAACUAUAUUCUACUUAUUCACCAUAACAGGUGGGUAAAACUCACGCCUACCUUCAUUUCAUCCGCCUUCUGCACUUAACAGUCCAGAAACUACGCCGUGUGGACGUGUACAGUGAAGUCCUGUCUUCCCCAGGGGAAAGCUCUAUACAAGACAAUUCUAGCUCUUCCGGAGAUGAAGCCGACAAAAUGACGUGGCCUGUGUACAAAGAAAUCUCAAAACUUCCACUCAGUUGUGUGCUAAAAGAGCACAGAUACGUCAGCACCAGCAAGCUUCGGAUACACCCCUCCUCCGGACACGCCACGUCCGGUGACGUUCCUACCCAAUCAACGUCCCUCAAACGGUCGCUAAGGAGACCAACUUCUUCUUUGAAGCUUUCUUUCUGGGCUGCGUAUGAUACUUACCAUCACUGCGACGCUUGCAAGAACUAUCGGGAGGACAGAGGACCCAGUACCCCUCUAAGCUAUUUAUUCGCUCUCCAAGGUGGUGAGAAGCUGAGGUUUUUGAUUCCACAUCGCUGCUUACGGAGUUUUACUUUCACGAAGGAGAAGCAACUUCGCAGUCUUCGACUGCCCGUGGUGCUGACCGGAGGGAACGGGGAAGUGAUUAAGCCGCUUAAGACAGAGUCUACUGUAAGCGAUGAAGAUGCAGUUGGUGUGAUAAAGAGCCCAAUCAUGAUGCCGAGUACGGGCAGACAUGAGUAUGGUGAGACCAAUCACACAGUUGUUACACAUAGUACAGACGUCACGUCUGAGCCAAUAGAAUUUAAAAUUCUUUUCAUGGUGAUAAAUGAAGUUUAUCACGACAGUUAUAACCAGGUUUUUUUAUUUCAUUUGCCUACUGACGCAUCAUCUCAUUGGUGGCCGCUUAUUAGAGGUGACAACAAUGAGAGAACUCCUGUCGGGGUGGCCGAUAGGUGGCCGGUUAAUAGCCGUUUAAUUUACAAUUCUUUCUUACAAUUGUUUCGGAUGUUUGAUCGCUGGCUGCUUAAUAGAGGGUGGCCGCGUAAUGGAGGUUCAGUUGUUUUUGACCACUUCAUUCAUUUGAGGUAAAGACAAGACAAGUUGUAAAGACCUUAUAUUCGAUGCUCUAGUUUGCUUGAAAGUAGAAGUUGUGCAAGAAACGAUCAGUUUUUCUUUUUAGGUCUUCUAAAUCUGUAUCAUGCCAUGGAGGGUGAAAACCAUAUCCUGCUUGUGUUUGUUAAGCACCAAGAAAUGGCUUUGUAUCACAAGGCCUGGCCUAAUCACGUGAUUGUCGGUCUACCUUCGAACGCUGAUAAUCUGGGCCUGGGUGCGGCUCGCUAUUACAUCAAGGUAUGUUUAAGUUGCAUCCUGUUCCGUAACUAGUACAAAAAAAAUACCAAUCGUUAAUCGUGUCAUGAAAAUCUGUUUUACAAAGUUUCUGUGCGUAAAAGCCGAGGAAGUAAGUCUUAACGCUUGUUCGUUUGCUGGUUGUUCGCCUUAACAAGAGCUGAAUUUAUAAAACAAGGCUGACAUUGCUUCAGAAGAUUUAACAAGCUUGCGCUUGCCUGUAACGUGUUAACAAGAUUUGUCAUGUCCUUUCAUACGAUUUUUUUCACUCGUGGGAAAUAUCGUCACCGUGAUAUAAAUACCAUUUGAUAUCAUCAGUAGUCUUUUCGUCGUUUGUAAUUAAUUACUUAAUUUUCUUUUUCAUUUAUUACUUUAUUACUUAUUUAGGAGUUUGCCACAGAAAAUUGGCUUGUGGAGCGAGAUCGACACGGAGUUGAGAGUAGGCAUGGUCAAGAUGUGUGGCCGUUUAUCUUCAUGAUGGAUGAUUCAUGUGUUAUGUGGCAAAACCAUCUUCUGAAACAAUCCGCCAAGAAGUAAGUUCUUCUGUACACAUAUUGUUUUAAGGAAGCUGUGCAAAACUCAGUUUAUUCUAAUUCCUCAAUAAGAACACGCAGGCUCCAACACCUCUAGAACAUUUUAGCUUGAAGGUGAUGUUACACGGAACGGUUCGCAACAACGAUUUUUAGCGCAACACAGCUUUGCAAUGCUAGAGCAAUGUUGUAACCAUUCGAAACAAUGCUGCAACGCUAUGUUACGCUAAAAGUCGUCGUUGCGACUCGUCUCCUGUGACAUCACCUUUACUUGACGCCGCAUCACACUUGAGUAACAAUCUAACCUUUUGAUCUAUUUGAGUACUUAAGUAUUUCGUCUUCACCUAUCCUUUCAGUCUUUCAUUAGCUAAAUAGCUCUCUUUUCAGUAGUCGUUGGGGAGGUGUUUGUCUUUCGAAAAGUUCGAGAGACUAAAAUUAUGGGUAGAUAUUACAGGGUCCAUUAUUGGUGGGUUGUCAGCUGUUUCGGAAAACCAGUAACUUGGUUCCCGGGCCGCAAAAGAUGUGCAACAGAUCACUUGAGUGCAAAAGAGAUGCUAUGACAUGUUGCUGUGUUUUCUUGUGUCUUCAGGGAGGAAUCUUCCAACAAGGAAUUUGACGUAUCUUCCAGUGUGAUGACCUCCUUGGUAAAGGUUAUUCAGCACCUAGAAAAUACACCAGAUCUGAUGAAGUAUGGUAUGUUAGGUCUGCAGCAAUACAGCACAGACUCGGCUACCAGCUUGGUGCACAAUCAAGGCUCCUUUACACACUCUCUUUUACACACCUCUGUUAUGAUGAACCUAGACAAGCUUCAAACCGUCAAGUAUGACAAGCACAGGUAUGUAACUCGUUUAACCUCAGCACAUGUAGACUGGACACAUCUAGACUAUACUGGCCCCGAUCGUUCAAACGUUGGAUAGCGCUGUCCAGCGGUUAAGUGUAAGGGAAACCAGUUGCGUUAUUCACUGGAUAGAGAUGUACCCAGGGGAUAGCGCUAUCUACCUUUUGAAGAACUGGACCCUGCUUAGUGUAUCCUCUACGACUAAUAUUUACCCUAAAACAUUACAACCAUCUCAGGUAGCAGAAAACAGCAGUUCUCUAGACUGCAUGAAGUUAAUGAACUAUCCGUCCCCGUGCCUUUGACGUUAAGUGCUGUGGUAAGUUGUUAGAGGACCAAACCUCAAGAAAAGUUGGUCGUUUGGGCUUUAGGGGAUGGGGUACCUUUUUUGUAGGCGGGGCUGGACCAGUGAUCUAUACGGGGAAAACAUUUUCAUUUUUCAUUUUUUAAGCGUAGAAAACCGGUUGAGGCAACCUAUCACUGCACCACUGUCUCUUAGCCUUCAUGGGAAACCAGCAAUUCCUGUUGUUCCGUCUAUGCUACAGUCGACAGUAUCGUGUUUUGCUAUCUUAGUCGGUAAUGGAACUCGUUGAUAAAACAUGUGGGCAUCCUAUCUCACACAGGUACUGGUGGGAAGAUGAGAAUUUCAGUUUAAAGGUACUAGCCAACGGAAUUCACACCUGCCGAUUUAAUCACCUGGUUGUCGCUAAGAAGUUCAUAGAGACAGGGGGAAACACCUCAUUUAAAGAGGAACCAGCUCAGAGCGCUGAAGGCAGAACAGACCUGCUACCGGGGGAUAAUCUAGUGACAGCACCUGACAGAGAGGAUGCAUCUUACCUCUCAGCCCCAGCAUACUACCUGUUGGAACGUUACCUUGAGCUCAUGGGUGCCAACAAACUCUUCCCUGUUACCGCAGCUCACCCCGAACAUCCAGUUCUUGUGGUUGACUGCUAUGUUAAUCUGGGGCCCAAGCUUACUGUGGAAUUUGUUAGUUCAAAAGGAUGGGAAAAAGACAAGAAGACCGAUACUAGGAGUAAUACUAGGUAAGUUUGUAUUGGAUCAGCGCUGAGGCUUUAUGAUUGACGAUGACUGAAGAUUGAGCAUAGUGAGAUCUGACGCACCGUAAACUUUCAAAUGCUAAUUGCCAUUUCAGCUAUUACAAAUUUACCCUAGAAAAAUUUUGGGACUUCAACGGGAUUCGAACCCAUGGCCCAUUUUUUUCGGGUUUAUUUCCAAUUGCUUAAAUUGCGAUUACCACGGCGACGAUCUUAUCUUCAUUAAAAUUCGUAUUUCCGCAGUUCACAUCUGAUCAUCUUCAUACUGUAAACUGCUGCUCUUAACAUCCUCGUAGGGGUUCUUAGGGUGGCUUAUAAACGGAGGGGCUUAUAACAGGCGCUUAGAAAAAAAUUGAAGUAUUGCUGAUGAAAAUAUGUUUUGCAUUUACUGGUGUUUAAUUAAACUUCAACACGUCGUGAUAAAUCGAAUUCAUACAUUUGGAGAGGGCUUUGUAAUCGGUUUGCGUGUGUGUGUGCAGGUAAAUGGGCCUAUAAUUGCGGUGUGCGGGCGGGGGCUUAAAUAAAAGAGGCAGCUUAUGUCAUCUUACUGGGCCUGGUUAACCUGUGCGCAAACGCGCUUCAUAAUUGCAAGGGCAAACGCAAAUAGGUGUCAAGGUCCAAACACAAAGCAAUUACAAGAAAAUGUCGGUGUGGUUUGUUUUUCACCUGAAAAUAGGGAAGCCACUUAAAAGGCAACCAAAACCAACCCUAACACGCAGUAAACAGAUAUACUCCCGGUUUCCUUUUUCCUCUUCUUUUUUUACGUUGUCCUGGUCUAAGUAACCGUCGUCGUGUCGUCUUGUAUCACCCCUCUUCGGGGUCCUCCUCAUUUGAGGAGAAGUGCUACCGAUGAACAGGGCUACUCGAAAAUGAAUUUUGAUAAUUGAGUAAAGCAAACGAUUGCGAGUUAGAAUUAUCCAUGUCUCCCAAACAAAGAAAUAAAUUGACCAAGUCGAAAAAAAAAAAAUCUUACUAUCCAGGCACUAAAAAGAUAACUUCGAGCCCUGGAUGAAUGUUGUAAACUUGGUGCCUCUGAGACAAGAAACAAACACAUCCAGGUACACGAGAUUCUCAAGGCAGCUUUCACUCUAUAGCUAGAUUGUUGACUCUCCUGGGUAAAAAUUCUUUAUUCUAUUAGUCUUUAAUAAAUUAAUUAAAUUGUUAAUUUAUUUACUGAUUUUCUUUAGUUACGGUGGCUUAUUGCUUUAUUUCUGCGAUCGUUCAGUGACCAAGCAGUUUCUUGCACAGUUUAAUUUCGCUCCACGCUCUCGUCUUUGUAUCGUCUGCCAAGACCGUAAUACUCUUAGACAGGAAGUGGCCAGGCUGGACUUGGAAGAAUGGUGGCGUUUCCGGUUACGGGAUGAGCUUCAGACUGCUAACAGCCCGGACGAACCUGCGCUUUACUUCCUCACCGGAAAACACGAUGACUAAAAAAAAGCAGCGAGUUAACACAGAAGCAGCAGGGAGGAAAAAUUCCGGGCAUUUGCGGAUCGCUUCGAAUGCCCUAGAUGUCACACCUACACGAUACGACAGCCUCCGAAGAUUUCCGAACGGCUGUUCGGUACCGAAAGCUGUCAGUCAGAAGACAUGCGUUAAUGUUCGUCAAAGAUUUACCGAGCAAGACUAGGAUGCUGCGGAUUUAUUUUUUGCGGCAAGUUCAAAACAUUUGAUGAACACAACGGUAUAAAGGGUAUGAAAGACAGAGUGUAAAUGAAGUAAAUAUUUAUAGAGAGAAAAGUUGUAUUUUAAGUGCUUUAACCUCUUAACAGCGAUUAACGGAAAGUUUUAUUGAAGGUACAUAAGUCUUAAGUGUGCAGGAAAAAUAUUAACGUUGUACAUUCAAUUGAAAACUAAUGAGCAGUGCGCGCAUUCCUGUCGUACUGUUUAUCAGGCUACACAAGUUGGCUCUCCAUUCAUCUUUAACCUGUAAACUGAAUAGUCUUUUCAUCCCUCUCCAGCUUCGAGAAAUCUAUCCGGGCAGGUAGUCUGACGACAUUCAUGUUGUACAGACCUGACCCAGUUGACCAAACACAACGAGAGCGAAAAUAAAACAGAAAUCACCUGACAAAUGGCCGACUCAUUCAUCAAUUUAUUAUGAAGUGAUCCACUUAUGAUAGUUGA